AUUUCAUCUUCUAGAGUAGCCUUCAGCCUCCUGUCUUUCCUUGGGAAUCUCUCCAGAGACUAAGAUUGGCUCAGCCAAAGCAGGUUAAGGCCAAGAUGUUCCACUUACAAGGCCCACAAAUGCUGAAGAUGCUAGAGAGAUCUUUGAGAAAGAGCCUCCCAGAGUCCUUAAAGGUUUAUGCGACUGUCUUCCACAUGAACCAGGGAAACCCAUUCAAGUUAAAGGCUGUGGUGGACAAGUGGCCUGAUUUUACAACAGUGGUUAUCCGCCCUCAAGAGCAGGAAAUGACAGAUGAUUUUGAUCACUACACCAACACCUACCAAAUCUAUUAUAAGAGUCCCACAAACUGUCAAGAGUUCCUUGGCACAUCAGAUGUCAUCAACUGGAAGCAACAUUUGCAGAUCCAGAGUUCACAGUCUGGCCUGAAUGAGGUGAUACAAAAUGUUGCAGCUGCUAAAUUGGUCAAGGUCAAGCAAGAUCAUGGCAUUUUGUAUAUGAUGCCUGAGACAGCAAGUAAACUAAUUCCCUCCCUGCUGGAGGCAAAGAACUUACCUCUUAAAUCUAGCAGAUCCAAGGCCAUUAACCAAGAGAUGUUUAAACUCUCCUCCCUGGAUGUGACCCAUGCUGCCUUGGUGGAUAAAUUCUGGCAUUUUGGUGGCAGUGAGAGGAGCCAGAGAUUCAUUGAGCGCUGUAUCCGGACCUUCCCCACCUUCUGCCUGCUGGGACCUGAGGGGACCCCUGUGUCCUGGAGCCUGAUGGAUCAGACAGGAGAGAUACGGAUGGGGGGUACUGUCCCUAAGUACCGAGUCCAGGGUCUCUCCACCCACAUCAUGGAUGUUCACAUCCGCACUGUGGACAAACUUGGCUACCCUGGAUAUUACCAUACAGUCAUAGCCAACAAAAUCAUACAGAAACUGAGUCACCGCCUGCAUCAUAUUAUCAUGCCCUGUGACUGGAACCAGUGGCGCUGUGGGCCCCUGUGAACAGUCCUGAACACAGGACAGUGUUGGAUGGGCUGAUGCAGCAGGAGGAGUGUAUGGGUGGGUGGAGAGAAAUAAUCAACUGUAGUUAGCAUUAAAGUGGUGUGUGUUUUCUGGGCUCUGGGAAACAGUGUGAAUGGUCAACACAACCACCGCAGUCUUGCUCUCAAACCACUCAUGGACUCCCCUUUGGGUCCAGCAGAGCUGCCAUGGCCAGACCACCCUAUAGUGGACCCUGCUCUUGUUUAGUUUCCUACACUUCUGGAUAUCAGUGAUGCUCUUUAUUCAUUUGCAUGCUGCCCUAAUGCUUCUCCUAUCUUACAAGGGGGUUAUUGCCAAUAAGCAUAUCUUACCACUUUUGCCAAGAUAUGGUGUUACCUUAAGGGUAGUCUAAUUUUCAUCUCUUUCCUUUACCCUCUCUGUCUCUCACUCCCAGCCAGUUUCACUGAGGCAUAAUUGACACAUAAAAUUGUAGUGUAUUUAAGGAAUAAAAUGUGGUGACACACACACACAUGUUGUGAAUGGAUUUCCACAACCAAGUUGAUUAAUACUUCCAUUACUUCAUAUACUUACUGUGUGUGUCUGUGAGUCCACAAGGGAGAGAGAGCAAGACAGAGAGAGAGCGAGAGAGCGAGAGCGAGAGAGUGAGAGAGAGAGAGAGGGAGAGGGAGGGAGAGAGAUAACACCUGAGAUCUAAUGUCUUAGAAAUUUCAAUGCCACAUCACGGAAUCUUCAACAAUAAUCACCAUCCUGUACAUUACAUACUUAGAACAAUUCAUUUUAAAAUCGAAAGUUUGAAUCUC